UUCCAGGGCUGGCCCAUGUGAUGUGAGCUACAGACCCAGUUUCUUCGCUGGAAAAGAGACUAGGGUUUACAGUCUCCACCGCUGCGGCCUGCGGCGGCGAAGGUCGCCAUCUCCAAGGUCGAGCGGCGGCGAAGGUCCCAUAUUCCCUAUCGUCGUUGUUCCUAUCUCCCGGCCGGUCGUGGUGAAGCUGAAUUUGCUCGAUGGAGGACCUACCAGAGGAUCUGGCGGCAGAGAUUUUCAACAAGAUCACCAGUACAAGUGAUCUGAAUUCUCUUUCCCUUGUGUCAAAGCAGCUCUACAAAACAGAGGGGAAUCAAAGGGCUGCUGUCCGUGUUGGUUCCGGUCUUUGCACUGCUACAGAAGCACUGACAGCAUUGUGCGCUCGGUUCCCAAAUCUCCGGAAAGUUGAAAUCGAUUACUCUGAUUGUGUACCUAGAUGUGUACAUCAGUUGAACAACAAAGGCCUCUCUGUGUUUUCAUCUCACUGUUCCUCGCUGAUUGACCUCACCUUAAGCUUCUGCUCAUACAUCAAUGACUAUGGGCUCAGUUGUUUAGCUCAUUGCAAGACAUUGGUGUCUCUCAGGCUGAUCUCCACACCACAAAUAACGUCAAUUGGGCUUUUCUCUGUUGCAGUUGGUUGCACGAGUCUCUCUGUUCUCCACCUUAUUGAUUGCGAGAAAAUCGACAGUGUUGAGUGGUUGGAAUACUUUGGUAGGGAUGGAUCGUUGGAAGAGCUUGUAGUGAGGAAUUGCAAAGGAAUCAGUCACCAUGACCUCCUUAAGUUUGGUUCAGGAUGGAUGAAGCUCCAGAAGUUUGAGUUUGAGGGGAAUAGAGGAUUCUAUGGUAUUUCUCAAGGUUAUGCGGUCUAUGACUCCUUGUACGAUGCUCACAGCAGGGAUAUAUAUGAUUGGUGCUGUGAGAGUUUGAAUUAUUUAAGGUUGGCGCAUAUAAAAACUUUGCCAGAAGUAGGACUUCGUGUUGUCCUAGGGAAGUGUAAAGCAUUGGAGAAGCUUUGCCUUGAGUAUGUUCAUGCCCUGAAUGACAAUGACAUGAUUGCAUUAUCAACGAGCUGCAGCAAUCUUAAAAGCAUCUCACUCUGGCUCGAUAUUCAGUACUACUCUAGUGACGUCAGCAAUGGUGAAGUCAGGACGUCAUUUACCGAUAAGAGCCUUUACUCCCUAGCCGUUAACUGUCGUAUGCUUCAGAUCGUAGACUUCAAAUUUGAUGGAUGUUCUCGUGACUGGCCAUCAGAAAUUGGAUUCACACAGAAGGGCUUUCUGGCACUAAUUCGGUCCUGCCCAAUUCGUGUUCUUGUGCUAGACACCGCUAACUUCUUGGAUGAAGAGGGGAUGAAGGCCAUCUCAUCCACACCACAUCUGGAGACACUCGAGCUUACAUUGUGUCCUGCGGUUACUGAUGCUGGGAUGCGCUUCAUUGCACACACCCCAUGCUUGAGAAAUCUCACACUUCGAGUGUGUCAUGAGGUGACUGAUGUUGGAGUGGCUGAACUGGGACGCGAACAUAAGUUGGAGUCUUUGGUCAUUGACUAUUGUGGCCAAGUCUCUCUGCAAGGUGUGCAGGGUGUUGCCAAGUCAGUUCACUACUCCAAGGACUUCGCUAAGUGGAUGAAAAUAGGUUUGGGUAGCGGCUGUUGAUGCUGCUGAAGUCAUUAAGUUGUUGAGUUUGCAGCAUUGGACAAAGCUGCCCAUCAUUCGACCCAGAUUCACUCUCUGAACUUCCUAUUGCCUUCUACCUUUACUUCUCCUGUAUGACAGACUAGCUAUGAACUUUGUGCGGGAUCUGAUGAAUGCAACUCUAAUAACAGCCACCAGUUAUGCAUUAUAUAGUUCUUGUUGCUUAAUUUCUAAUCUCUGUAGCCGUUUCGGAACAGGCAUAAUUCAGCCCAAGAUUUCUUGUUUUUCCAGUGGAUUCAUUGUAUGACCCUUUGGUUUUUA